AUGGUUACGUUGAAGGAGAAAGUGCAGCACGCGCUUGAUCUCAUGUCGUUUGCACUGGACUCGGACCAGCAGGUUUUUUUCCAUGAAAUUCAUGCCAACCCGCCGCGGGUGCUGGACGUCCGCACCAACGAUAAGGGCCAGCCUGUGGUGCAAUUUGAGUUUAACACCAAAUCCUUUAUGCGGAAUCACAUGGAUGCCACCCACGGUGGUGCUCUCACGACCAUUCUGGACUGGUACUCGUCAAUGGCUGCAGUGGCUGAUGAGCGGUACUGGUCCAAGGAGGAUCGACUGCCGACCGUGCAGGAAAUUAUUAGAUGUGGCGAGGACAUGGGCCUUUCCCGCAGUCUCAAGUCGCAAUUUAUGCGGCCGGUACCGGUUGACACCACGGUUCUUCUCGAAUGCAGAGUGCUCUCAAAUGGCAAAAAGAGCAGCUGCAUUUCGAUGACUAUUUAUGACGAGGAUGGUCGACCUCUCUACGAGGGCCUGCACGACAAAAUCAAGCUGUACAAACCCAUUGAAACCAAACUUUAA